AUAUUCAAACAGGAGGCACACGGAAAAUUAACAGAACUUUGUUGUGCCAGCGAUAUCGCGCUUCUCUCCCGGUUUUCUCUUAAGUUAUUUCUUAGAAUGACUGAAGCAAAGGAAUUUUCUUCCUAAAAGAGGCAUAUUGCGAAUUAGCCAGUGAGCACCGAGUUUGUUUGUGGGGAAAAAGAGGAAACCUGUUGUUGUUUUUUUGGCGUUGAGUGGACGCGGUACAGGCUGACAAGGAAUAUGGACGAUUGCGAGGGACAAACGCGUUCGGCAUUCGAGCGCCUGACUGCGGAGGAGAUGGACGAGCGGCGCGUCCAGAGCGUGGCCUACCAGUACCUGUGCCACCUGGAGGAGGCCAAGAGGACCCAGGAGACAAUCCUGAUGCCUAACGCUUCGGUCCGGUCCGGGUUUACAAACGACGGGUUCUCACGCUACUGCCCACUGCUGACAGCGACGGGGCUGCAUUUUCGGCACACGGACAACAUCAACCACUGGCGCGGCGCCUUGGCGGAAGUCGGGCUGCCGUCGAUCUUCUACCCCGAGACCACGGACAUCUACGACAAGAAGAACAUGCCCCGCACGGUGUACUGCAUCCACGCGCUCAGCCUCUACCUGUUCAGGCUGGGGCUGGCUCCACAGAUACAGGAUCUGUAUGGCAAAGUCAACUUCACAGAGGAGGAGAUCAACAACAUGAAGAGAGAGCUGGACAAGUACGGCAUCCAGAUGCCGGCGUUCAGCAAGAUCGGGGGCAUCCUCGCCAACGAGCUGUCGGUGGACGAAGCAGCAGUCCACGCAGCGGUGAUCGCCAUCAACGAGGCCGUGGCGCGUGGCUGCCUGGCCGAGACGGCGCUGGCCCUGCGCAACCCCAGCGCCAUGCUGACCGCCCUGAGCGACGCCCUGGUGCCCGUCUACCAGGAGAUGCUGCACCAGGCCAAGACGCAGAAGGCCGCCCGCGCCUGGGGCAGGCUCAAUGGCUCUGAAGAGAAAGAUAUAUACGAGGAGUAUUUGACCCAGGCAGAAAUCCAAGGCAACAUCAACAAAGUGAAUGUGCAGGCAGCGGUGGAGCGUGUGGACGAGGCCCUGGAGCGCGGAGACGCCCCGGCGCUGCACGCGGCCCUGAAGAGCCCCUGCCUGGCCCUGCGGGAUCUUCACCGCGAGCACGCCGGCUGGUACCUGGAGCAGCUGUCCGCCGACCGCGAGCAGAAGGCGCUGGACCUGGGCUGUGUGGACGUUCUGGACAGAGAGGAGCUGCAGGAGGGGAUCUGCGUGGCCAACGAGGACGCACAGCGCUCCCAAGCCAUGCAGCAGGCUGUGUGCGAGAUCAACAGGGCCCUGCAGCACGGGGAGGCCAGGGGCACCCUGCAGGCGUUGAUGAACCCCGACGCCCAGCUCCCGGAUGUUCUUCCCUUCGCAGCAGAGCUGUACCAGCGGGAGCUGGCUCCCCUGCAGGCUCAGAGCGCCCAGGGGGAGCUGCAGCAGGAGGAGCUCUUUGUUGCCGUGGAGAUGUUGUCGGCCGUGGCGCUGGUCAACCAGGCCCUGGAGGCGGGCGACGUCGGCGGGUUCUGGGAGGCUCUGGUCAACCCUGCGGCCGGGCUGGCCGACAUCGACGACAGCCUGAUCCAGAGGUACUCCGAGGAGCUGUCCGGGCUGAAGAGGCAGGCGGCGCCACAGGGGGGCGCUCUGCUCACCUGGAAUGACCUGCAGGGGGGGAUCCACGCCGUCAAUGCCGCCAUUCAGGAGGAGCACGACCAGAUUCUGGCCAUUGGGAUGAUCAACCAAGCUCUGUGUCGCAGUGACCCCGAGCGCACCGUGGCUGCCCUGCUGCUGCCCUCCAGUGGCCUGGAGGAAGUACUGCUCGCGAAUGCCGGGCGCUACCAUGACGUGCUGACCCGUGCCAAGAGGCAGAAAGCGGAGGAGACCAGAGACCCCAGUGCAGAGCUGUGGCUGGCGGAGAUUCAGGAGGGGGUGAUGAGAGCCAACCAGGACAGCCAGAGGGCGCUCAAGAUGGCGCUGGGCCUGGCCGCCGUCAAUCAGGCGGUGAAGGAAGGCCGAGCCUCGCAGACCCUGCGCGUCCUGUGCCUGCCAGAGGUGGCGCUGCGGAGCGUGGCGCCCGAGUGCAGCGCGGCCUACCAGGCGGAGCUGGCCGCCCUGCAGCGCGCCAAGGUUAUGGAAGGUGACAACGGAAGCCCAUGGCUCAGACACAGGCAGCCGGACGGGAGCUACUACUACUUCCACCUGCAGAGGCUGGAGGGCGGCUGGGAUCGGCCGCAGGGCUUCGUCCAGAACAGCCUGCACCUGGGUCACGACGAGCUGCAGUCCGUCGUCUCGCGGGUCACGGAGGCCCACGGCCGCCAGGCGCAGUGGCGGUCCAGCCAGCCCCUGCUGGUCCUGCUGCAGGCCCGGGCCCGGGGCUUCCUCGUGCGCCGACAGCUGGACUCCCGCCAGCGUUUCCUCUGCAGGCAGCUCCCCGCCAUCGUCGCCAUCCAGUCUCACUGGAGGAGGUUCCUGCAGCAGAGAGCGUACAGGCAGAGGCUGCAGUACCUGUAUCAGAACUGGCGCGCCGCUGUGAAGCUCCAGGCGUUUGUGCGGAUGUGGCUGGCUCGCAGGAGAUACCUCGCUCGUCUCCGCCACUUCAGGAGAAACGUUGGUGCCAUUAUAAAGAUUCAGGCCUUCUUCCGGGCUAACAAGGUGCGGGAAGACUACAGGAAGCUGGUGGGCUCCCCGACCCCUCCUCUGUCGGUGGUGCGGCAGUUCGCCCACCUGCUGGAGCAGGGCGACUCCGACAUCCGCCAGGAGGGGGAGCUGCUGCGCCUGCGGGAGGAGGUGGUGAGGACCAUUCGCGCCAACCGGCAGCUGGAGAGCGACCUGGACCUCAUGGACCUGAAGAUCGGCCUGCUGGUCCGCAACCGCGUCACCCUGCAGGAGGUCGUGUCCCACUGCAAGAAGCUGACCCGGAAGAACAAGGAGCAGCUGUCGGACAUGAUGGCGCUGGACAAGAGCAAGGGCCUGAAGUCGCUGAGCAAGGAGAAGAGGGAGAAGCUGGAGGCGUAUCAACACCUCUUCUACCUGCUGCAGACCCAGCCUCUGUAUCUGGCCCAGCUGAUCUUCCUGAUGCCCCAGAACAAGUCCACACGGUUCCUGGAGACGGUGAUUUUUACCCUGUUCAACUAUGGCUCUGACUGCAGGGAGGCCUACCUGCUGCUGCAGCUCUUCACUACGGCCCUGCGCCAGGAGAUCAGGCUGAAGGUGGAUCAGCCGCAGGAGGCCGUGACUGGGAACCCCACUGUCAUCCGGCUGCUGGUCAGCUUCUACCGCAACGCCAGGGGCCACAACGCCCUGCGGGACAUCCUGGGGCCCGCCAUCAGGGAGGUGCUGCAGGACAAGGCCCUGUGCAUCAGGACCGACCCGGUGGAGAUCUACAAGAGCUGGGUCAACCAGACCGAGUCCCAGACCGGGCAGAAGAGCUCCCUGCCCUACGAGGUGAGCGCCGAGCAGGCUCUCAGCCAUCCCGAAGUCCAGCGGCGCCUCGACAUCUCCAUCCGCAACCUCAAGACGCUGACCGACAGGGUGCUGGGCGCCAUCACCUCCGGCGUGCACAAGCUCCCGUACGGGAUGCGCUACGUCGCCAAAGUGCUGAAAGAGGCGCUGCAGGAGAAGUUCCCCCAGGCCAGCGAGGAUGAGCUCUACAAGAUCGUGGGCACCCUGCUGUACUACCGCUACAUGAACCCGGCGGUGGUGGCUCCCGACGGCUUCGACGUGGUGGACUUCUCGGCCGGCUCCUCUCUGCUCCCGGACCAGAGGCGCACCCUGGGCUCCAUCGCCCGCAUCCUCCAGCACGGCGCCGCCCACAAGCUCUUCCAGGGGGACAGCGCCCCCCUGCGCGCGCUCGACGACUACACCACCCACACGCACGCCAGGUUCAGGAGGUUCCUGCGUGCCGCCUGCGAGGUGCCCGAGCCGGAGGAGCGCUUCAACGUGGACGAGUACUCGGAGACGGUCACCCUCAACAAGCCCGUCAUCUACAUCUCCGUCGGGGAGCUCGUCAACACGCACCAGCUGCUGCUGGAGCACCAGGACGCCCUCUGCCCCGACCCCGACGACCCCCUGCGGGAGCUCUUGCGUGACCUGGGAGAAGUGCCUUCCAUCUCGGCGCUCGUCGGAGAGGGUGCAGCAAGCUCUGGAGAUCCUGGCGCGGAGCAGACCCUGGCUCAGUACAGCAAGAUGGAAGUAUCUCUCACUCUCACCAGCAAAUUUGACAUCUUCAAGAGCACCGAUGACCAGCCAGAUGUUCGAGGCCUCCUGCUGAGCACCAAGCAGCUGAUCAUUGAUGUGAUCAGGACGCAGCCUGGGGACACCCUGACUGAGGUGCUCCGAGCCUCUGCUUCCAGAGACCAGGAGGUGCAGCACUGCCGGAUGAUGCAGAAGCGCGCCCAGCGCGACGCCCACACCCCCGAAAAGAUGAAGCGCAACCAGUCCCUCAUCGCCGACGGCAACCUGUCGCUGGAGGAGAAGAAGAGGAAGAUCCUGCGCAGCCUGAGGAGGCUUGAGACUCUAGGAGUGCUGACGCCUCCCAACACCGAGACUCAGAUACUGGCGCUGAUCGCCAAGGACAUCCGGAACCAGCGGCGGUACCGCCAGCGCAGGCAGGCCGAACUGCUGAAGCUGAGGCAGACCCUGCACAGCCUGGACUGCAAGAGCCGCUUCCACCACGAGCAGAUCGACUACUACAGCCAGUACAUCCGGACCAGCCUGGCCAACCUGACGGCCGGGGACAGCAGAGGGAAGGGAAAGAAGCCCGCAGACCGCAGGGGGAAGAGGGCCAAGCCCACAGCUCUGAUCUACACCGCGGCCCAGCUGCACGAGAAGGGCGUCCUGCUGGAGAUCGAGGACCUGCCCCUCGCCCAGUUCAAGAACGUGAUCUUCGACAUCGUGCCCUGCGAGGAGGUGGGCACCUUCCUGGUGAAAGCCCGCUUCAUGGGCGUGGACAUGGAGCGGUUCCCCCUGAAGUACCAGGACCUCCUGCAGCUGCAGUACGAGGGCGUGGCGGUGAUGAAGAUGUUCGACAAGGCCAAGGUCAACGUGAACCUCCUCAUCUUCCUCCUGAACAAGAAGUUCUUCAAGAAGUGAGUGGCGAUGAGGGGGAGAGACGGCGCCCCCCUCAGGUGCCAGUGCUGCUGAGCCCAUGAACUCUGGGGUGGAGUCAAGCAAAGUACCCUUGACCUUUUUUAUUUUUGCACUUGUUCUGUUGUCUGAUUUUAGAUUUCCAGUAUCCCUGUUCAUGGCGAGGGGAUACCAGGGCAGUACUCAGUUUUCGGUACAUUAUAUCUGUUUUAUAGCUGCAAGCAGAGCCAUAAUCAUGUUUUUUUUUUCAGUUUCAUAAUCAAUGCAAACAAAAUCGUCCUCUUACAAUAUGAAAGUUAACACACCUAAGGGAGCUUGUAAGAAUCCUGAAGGAUUUGUGACACUGUGCAACACAGUGUUGACCCCUCAUGAGGAACUAUGUUCCAGCAGACAGAUGUUAGAUCCAGGCUCUGUGCAUAUUAUAGUAACUAUAAUAAUUAUAGAGGAGCUAUAAUAAUUAUAGAGGAGCUAUAAUGCGUUGUUGCGUCACAAAUCCAGAACUAAGUCCGCAAAAUGAGCUGGGUCUCGUUGCGGCGCUGCGGUCCCCUGCAGUGACCCGGCCAGGCCACUGGGCGGCAGCAGUGGACCAGUCGAGAGCCCGCCGCAGUCAACAGCCCGUCGUGCCGUAGUUGCCGAUCUUGAUGCGCCUGGAGGCGAAGGUGCUACUCUGUAACUGCACUUAAAAACCCAUAUUCACAGAUAACCGAAACAAUGUAUUAAAAUACCGACUCUGGUCGAAUCUGCAUGAACAAG